AUGGACUGGAAGCACGCAUCAAUGAGCGGGAACCUGACGUGGGUGAAGGAUACGACGUCGUCGUCGACUCGUGCAACUCUUUACUCGGAGCUCUCACCAACACUUAUUGUGGGCCUUACGCUGCAUGAUUGCGCCCCAGUGGACUACGUCAAGUUCUCCACGGUGACCUCCGUGAUGCAUACGGCUCCACGCACCGUAAAACUGCACCUUGGCGACGCGGCGCAGCUUUCGUUGAUUGCCCCCGACUCUCGGGCGUGUCUUCAGUGGUUUGGAGCCAUCAAUCUCGCUCUAUCUGGAAAGAAAGGUGGUCCAGGGUCGGUGGAAAAAACGCCGUUGAGAGGAGAGAAGCAGUCCCUACACGAGCAUUCAAUUUCCACGGCGGGGAGUGGCGUUGCAGAAGUGUCCGCACGGAGAGAGCCACAAAGAGUGCCUCACACCAAAGAUACAAAUAAUAUAAGCAAUGUCACGAACGGGAUUAGGGACGGCGCCUCUGUUCCUUUAAAGGAUGACACGGUGUGCAUUGAGAACGCGGACGCCGACAGGGGGGUUACAGUGCGGCAACCACAUGAUGCUAGCACACAUACCUUACACUCAGCGCCCAAGUCCCUUUAUUUUGCUCAUUCACCACAAUUGUCUGCGCUUCAUCAUGGCGAACCUGAACGAACCAUGCUUCCACACCUGACUGAGGAUAAUGCGUUUUUGCCAUCUUGCCAGAAGCGUUUAACUGAAACUUCUGCGGUGAGUGGCAUGACAGAGCCAAACGUGACCCGCAUCGGAUCGGCUGUUGAUGCCUUCCAGGAGAUGCGAAAGGGGGAGGCUGCUUUUUGGGGAAAAGUCCCUCAGGGAGAAGAACAUCUCUCUGCUUUGGGUACUUGUACUUGUCAGUUAAAGCAGUGUAGUUCAACCGGUGAUGUUUCAUCAGCGGUUCUCUUGAGUGGAGUGGAGCUCCGCCAACCCGCUGUUUCCCUGACUUCUAAAGAUCGAGACAUCAUGCAACAAGAGAGUCCACAUACGACGGACCUCUCUUCACCAGAGCCACCGCGGGAGUCAUUAUCGUUUGGUGUGACAGGGAGAGAGUUAUUUGAGUCUCGUUUACCUGUAAAGGCUGAGUGCUCCAUUCGUUCCGAAGUUGGAGCACGAGAUGGACUUGAAGAGCUAAUCCACGGUGACUCUGCGCCUUGUGAGCGCUACGUUGACGCUGAUUCAAUGAGCAACGCUGUAAGACGGGGGGUUAUUGCUCCAUCGUCCACGGAAUUGCUGUCUCCUAGGCAUGCGGAGCCAGCUUCAUUUCGGCAAGAGGCAGCAACGCGAGCAUCUCAGAGUUAUCAAUUGUCCCAGGGGAAUCUGACACAUGCCGACACUGACAUGACAAUGUGGGGCAAAAUUGGGGUGGAGGGGGGAAGAAGAGGGGUGUCAGGGAAGGACGAGCUGGUAGAUGACACGCGUAGUUGUCAAGUGAAUGAACUUGUUACUCAUCCCGCUUGGCGAUUGCCUGGCAGUGCAAGGUUGCCAUUAGACUGUCAAGGUUUACCAGAGGCAUCCGUUUUGGACCGACCGGGUGGGGAAUACACAUAUCAUGGUAAACGGACGAAAACUAGUGUUUCACAAAGGGCAUUAGCAGAGCCAAUCCUCGAUCGAAUUAUUAACGUCUCGCCCCGUAGUGCUCCACGUGAGAAUUCUUCUCCCGUGGUACUCUCAUCUGGGAUUGACACUCCCUCCGUACGUUUGCCAUCGUGGGAGAGAGAUGGUUAUUAUCGCCCUAUUGAAGCCGCAGUGGCGGUGGUACCGCGAGAAAGUACGUCUGUUGUUAGGGAUUUAUUGGGGCGGCCAAGUAGCAUGGAGAGUGGUUGGCCGCGAAAUGUGACCACUCGCUGCAGCGCAAGAGAUGCAUUCCCCACGAAACAACGGCCUGUGGGACCUUCUCUGCCUCUUACAUACAUGCAUCUGGACCGAGGGAACAGUCCUCGUACGGUGAAGGAGUACACACAUAAAUCUUACGCAGCGAUGCCUUCUCCAGCCUAUCGACGCUCGGAAGAGCACAAUUAUUAUAAUGCUGCUUGCUUGUCCUCACGGGGCGGGGCAAGAGCUUUAAGGGGCGAGUCGACAUCACCUUGCUCACGCCGUGAGGUUUUUCAGGGUGUUUUGUCGCGAGACUCCGGCAGGGCGUCAAGGCGGAAUAAAUUGAGACGUAAGGUGAAGAGUGAAGUUCCACAACCAACUGCCCAUUUCUUGAUGGAGCCUACAUUAUUCAAGAAGCACCCAAUCCAGGGUCACGGUAGUUCCGAACACUAUGUGUGUAUGACGGAAGACGGUGCAUAUAUCGUGUGCAUUCCUGCGCGGGAAUUUGAGGCGCGGUGCGCAAUACGUCAGCGGGGACUUGCUUCAUUGGAGGAGGUGAUGUGCGUGUAUGGCGAAGGGUGCCGGGCAAUGGCACUGGGAAACAUUGAUCAUGUUUCGCUGGGGACUGAGGAGGAAUGGAUGCAUGUUUUGGAACUACAAGCUGUGGGGCUAGAUAGACUUGUCUGCGUUGUGUCUCGUUCGCAUGCCUUUGUUUUGGAGGCUGCCACAGCUGCUGGGGCCAAUAAUUUUGUGGAGGCGUGGAAUGCGUUUCUGUUUAAAUAUGCCUAG